GCAGGAAGUAGGAAAAGCCCUUACCAACCGGAAGAGAAUGCAGAGCCUCACCAACGAGCCCCAGGGACCAGUCCUGGUGUACCGUUUAUUGCCAGUCAUCAAGCAUCCGUCCCGGAGAACAUGCCACUCAAAGCCCCAGAGAUCCGCUCUGGUGUACCGCCGACAUCCGAAAUCAGAGUGCGUGUCAAGGACUUUUCAGCCCCAGACCCCAUGUCUGGUGUACCCAAUGCAUCCGAGGCAGGAAGUAGGAAAAGCCCUUACCAACCGGAACAGAAUGCAGAGCCUCACCAACGAGCCCCAGGGACCAGUCCUGGUGUACCGUUUGUUGCCAGUCAUCAAGCAUCCAUCCCGAAGAACAUGCCACUCAAAGCCCCAGAGAUCCGCUCUGGUGUACGGCCAACAUCCGAAAGCAGAGUGCGUGCCAAGGGCUUUUCAGCCCCAGACCCCAUGUCUGGUGUACCGAAUGCAUCCGAGGCAGGAAGUAGGAAAAGCCCUUCCCAACAGGAAGAGAAUGCGGAGCGUCACCAGCGAGCCCCAGGGAUCAGUCCUGGUGUACCGUUUAUUGCCAGUCAUCAAGCAUCCGUCCCGGAGAACAUGCCACUCAAAGCCCCAGAGAUCCGCUCUGGUGUACAGCCGACAUCCGAAAUCAGAGUGCGCGUCAAGGACUUUUCAGCCCCAGACCCCAUGUCUGGUGUACCGAAUGCAUCCGGGGCAGGAAGUAAGAAAAGCCCCUACCAACCGGAACAGAAUGCAGAGCCUCACCAACGAGCCCCAGGGACCAGUCCUGGUGUACCGUUUGUUGCCAGUCAUCAAGCAUCCAUCCCGGAGAACAUGCCACUCAAAGCCCCAGAGAUCCGCUCUGGUGUACCGCGGACAUCCGAAAUCAGAGUGCGUGCCAAGGACUUUUCAGCCCCAGACCCCAUGUCUGGUGUACCGAAUGCAUCCGAGGCAGGAAGUAGGAAAAGCCCUUACCAACCGGAACAGAAUGCAGAGCCUCACCAACGAGCCCCAGGGACCAGUCCUGGUGUACCGUUUAUUGCCUCCAUCCCGGAGAACAUGCCACUCAAAGCCCCAGAGAUCCGCUCUGGUGUACCGCCGACAUCCGAAAUCAGAGUGCGUGUCAAGGACUUUUCAGCCCCAGACUCCAUGUCUGGUGUACCGAAUGCAUCUGCGGCAGGAGGCAGGAAAAGCCCUUACCAACCGGAACAGAAUGCAGAGCCCCACCAACGAGCCCCAGGGACCAGUCCUGGUGUACCGUUUAUUGCCAGUCAUCAAGCAUCCAUCCCGGAGAACAUGCCACUCAAAGCCCCAGAGAUCCGCUCUGGUGUACCGCCGACAUCCGAAAUCAGAGUGCGUGUCAAGGACUUUUCAGCCCCAGACCCCAUGUCUGGUGUACCGAAUGCAUCCGAGGCAGGAAGUAGGAAAAGCCCUUACCAACCGGAACAGAAUGCAGAGCCUCACCAACGAGCCCCAGGGACCCGUCCUGGUGUACCGUUCAUUGCCAGUCAUCAAGCAUCCAUCCCGGAAAACAUGCCACUCAAAGCCCCAGAGAUCCGCUCUGGUGUACCGCCGACAUCCGAAAUCAGAGUGCGUGUCAAGGACUUUUCAGCCCCAGACCCCAUGUCUGGUGUACCGAAUGCAUCCGAGGCAGGAAGUAGGAAAAGCCCUUACCAACCGGAACAGAAUGCAGCGCCUCACCAACGAGCCCCAGGGACCAGUCCUGGUGUACCGUUUAUUGCCAGUCAUCAAGCAUCCAUCCCGGAGAACAUGCCACUCAAAGCCCCAGAGAUCCGCUCUGGUGUACCGAAGCAGGAAAAGCCCUUACCAACCGGAACAGAAUGCAGAGCCUCACCAACGAGCCCCAGGGACCAGUCCUGGUGUACCGUUUAUUGCCUCAUCAAGCAUCCCCCGGAGAACAUGCCACUCAAAGCCCCAGAGAUCCGCUCUGGUGUACCGCCGACAUCCGAAAUCAGAGUGCGUGUCAAGGACUUUUCAGCCCCAGACCCCAUGUCUGGUGUACCGAAUGCAUCCGAGGCAGGAAGUAGGAAAAGCCCUUACCAACCGGAACAGAAUGCAGAGCCUCACCAACGAGCCCCAGGGACCAGUCCUGGUGUACCGUUUGUUGCCAGUCAUCAAGCAUCCAUCCCGGAGAACAUGCCACUCAAAGCCCCAGAGAUCCGCUCUGGUGUACCGCCAACAUCCGAAAUCAGAGUGCGUGUCAAGGACUUUUCAGCCCCAGACCCCAUGUCUGGUGUACCGAAUGCAUCCGAGGCAGGAAGCAGGAAAAGCCCUUACCAACCGGAACAGAAUGCAGAGCCUCACCAACGAGCCCCAGGGACCAGUCCUGGUGUACCGUUUAUUGCCAGUCAUCAAGCAUCCAUCCCGGAGAACAUGCCCCUCAAAGCCCCAGAGAUCCGCUCUGGUGUACCGCCGACAUCCGAAAUCCAAGGUUGUGCAGAUAUGCCUGUCGAAGAUCAGGUCCCUGCUGAGCACAUCAGAUCAGGAGUUGAUGAAGAACCGGAAACUCCUUGCCUCUCUGACAUUGCAUUGCCGUGCCAGCACAAGCCCACAACAUGUGGAGGGGACACACUACACGCAAUUGAUGCACAUGACGAGCCUCAUGUAGGUAUCAUCAAAGAUGAAGUACACAUUUCACAAAGUGAGCAUGUAGGCAAUGAUCUUCAGAAAUUUGUAACCCAAAACAAUGAUGAUGAAGAAUGGGAUAAGGCACUGCACCACCUUUUCCAACAAACCCUGGAAGCAGAACACAAGCUGCCCGGAAUGACGGCCACUCCGGGAAAACAUAAUGCCGUCCAAGCUGAAAAGUUUUCCGACAGAAAUCAGGUCAAAGCCAAGGACCCUGAGAUUGCAAGUCUAGGCACUGCAGGAACACCGCCGUCAGCUUCCCAAUUGCACCCCGGAAUGACGGCAACUCCGGGAAACAAUAAUGCCGUCCACCAAGCGCCAUCCAAGCUGCCCACAGGUGCCUUGAGCUUAGCUGAUUACCAACCAGGCAGGGACAUCGUCCAACACCAGCAAAGCCUUCCCGGAAUCACGGCCACUCCGGGGUACCAUAAUGCCGUGGAUGUGCACACCGCAGAACCCAAAUCAGACAUGCCACAGACCAGUUUGGUGCUGCAAGCUCCUGCGACAGGAGGGGUUUUUGGUUUUGAAGCCAACAAGAAACGAAAAACACAGCUUAACCCCUCGAUGCAUGCCGAAGCUCCACCCAAUGAUAGCCAUGCUGAAUGCAGCCGAGGUGUUCCAAAGAGAUCUCGUACUGAAAGCCAUGAACCACGGGAUGCAGAAGUGGCGCAUGUUCAAGUCGAUCGAGGUGCCCAGCAUGAUGAAGCGCCAUCGACCAUCAGAGCAUGGACUUGCGUUGCCAAUGGUCAAUCGCCUCUAGUGAUACGUCUCCCAGUAGGUACCACUCCGGGCCAAUUGACACAAGCUGAAGCCAAUCUUGGCACCAUGGAACAACCGAUUGCACCAAGGUCGUGGGUUAAUACUCACCUACCACUGCAUGAUCCACUUGAAGACAGGCAAGCGGUGUUCUUGUAUGAUGCAAUGCCGCUCGAAAGCAAGUGCCCCUUGGUCACCCAAUUUUGCCAGCAACCACACAUCGACUUCCCAUGCACACGACUUGAAGCACUGUGGAAACAGAAAUCAUGGGUUGCUCAAGAUGAAAUGAUGUUCUAUCUCGCCGCAACGAAGCAGGGAAUUGAGAUCAACACUUUCCCAACAAACGCUUUCCUCAAUGACACGGCGGUGAGAUGUGAAGCUGCUACCUGGUUGCAACAAGCCAUCGAAUGGGUCACACCUGACAGACCAUGGAUCUCAGCUGCCAUCGUUGCCAAGCAUUGGAUCCCAAUCAUUAUCCACAGGCAAAGUACCACAAUCUUCAUCACGACCACUCCAGAAGGUGAUGCCUUCAUUGAAGCAGCCCAACAAGUCACGGCUCAAGUUGGGCUCACUCUGAAAGGGAUCCAAAAGAUGAUGCCACAAUCAUUCCACGGAGAUUGUGGAUUCCAGGCAUUUUCAUGGAUCAUGGCACUGUUGAAUCGAGAGCCAACUGACCCCAUGACGCCAAGAAGAGCUGAACAAUGGAGAAUCCUCUUUGCAGAAUACCUCCUUGCCACUUGCAAGCACCACCAAAUCAUUGACGACCUGGACAUUGCAGGCACGAAGAUCGACCCAACUCUGCACAGCCAGUUGGCUGAGCUCUUGAGCAAUCAUGGGGUAUGGGAGGAACGAGUCAAAGACCGGUCCACAAAGCUGAUCGAAGCCAUCCCAACCAAUGUCCUGAGGAAUGUCCUUGGAGCCAAAAAAACAUGGGCCGAACUGAAGAAUGCAGCGAACAAUGCUCAACCACCGAUUAAGUUGAUUCAGCCAGAUGAACUUAAUGCGCAGAUCACAAGCCGUGCAAAUCAAAAGAAAAACUAUGGCCAAAAGAGCUUCGCAAAAGGGACCAAAAAGCAGAUUUCCGCCCAAGACAUGCCCGCACUGCGUGCAGCUGACCUCCAGGUGCCACAAGGUGUUUUCAAGCAGCAAGAUGGUGUAGCAUUAGGCCCUCUGAGCACUCAUGAUGUCGGAAACAACAGCCAAGGAGUCAUCCUGGUUGACCAAUGGGACGCGGAAGCACUGCUGAGACUGCAAACCCCAGUCUCGCCACAUGGCUUAGCUCUGAUUGUACUUGCAACCAAAGACAACAGCCAAGCCCAUCAGUUUGAGCCAAUCCGUUUCCCGGCCUUAUGCCUUGCGACUCAGGAGCCUUUGAUUGCUUCGGGCUACCUUUACCAACUUGGGGCACAGCAAGCACAAAGAUUGGAGCCGUCAGUCAAGUUGGCAGUUGAGGAACAUGAAACGGAAACAAUCAGAUGCUUAGUUUUUAGGGACCAAGCACCCAAACUUUGGGAUGACAUCCAAAAGCAGCCGGUCAAAGUCAUUUUCAGCCAGGAGCCGAUUUUGGCCCAAUCCAGGAACGAUCAGUCUGUGGUUAUCGAUGUCUGGGACAGGCAGUGGCUCUCCAAACGCUUUGAGAAACUCAAGCCAUUUGCAGCUGAUAUUUUUGCCUUCUCAUUUCGAAUGAUGGCAAAGCAUGCCGAGAACCUAGUGGCCAAGUCGGGCCAGAAUGGAAUCUACUAUGAGCCCAGGACCCAAUGUGGACGUUUUCCAAGCCCAGAUUUCCAUGUCACUUGGUUACCCAAUAUGACGUAUCAAGAUGCACAGUUUGCCCAACAAACUUCACCCCAUGCCACAACCCUCACAAGACAUGGUGACAGGUUUGGGCUGCGAAGUGAAACCAUCCAUGCACAGGCAAUCCAUGAGAAGCACCGACCGGACACCCCACUGUUGAUGGGACAGAAAAAGGUUUUGUACACAGUUGGACCCAUGCCUUUCUCAGCCACCAAAGAAUCCAUCACCAAGCUCCUGAAGACAUGGAAUUGGGAUGCAAGGCCACUCCAGCCACGUGGAAGGACGCCUGACAGCUCAGGUAUUUCAUGGUGCAUCCAGGCAGUUGAGGAUCCAUCCCAUUGGAUUUACACGUUGCAACAUGGUGACGUACUCAUUGCAAGAAUGCAUGAGAAAGAACCCGUCAAGAAAGCAGCACAGGUCAAUAUCGUUGCUUCCAGGAAGACGAUCGAGCACUUCCAGCAGACGGAGGACCCAUGGCUGAGCCAUGACCCAUGGCAAGGACCCACCAAGACACCGAAGCAGCAGGUAGCCAGCCAAAGCAGCCAGCCUCCGACAACAGCGCAGCUUGCAAGCAUCGAAGCAAACAUAGAAAAACGCAUCCUUGCCGCCGUCCAGAGCAAAGCAACACAGCCUGACGCAGACGUCAACAUGGAUACCGACCAGCUUGAAAGCCGAGUCACACAGCUUGAAAAGCAGAUUCAACAAGUUCAUGCCAACCAGGUGGGCUUGGACACCAAAGUGAAUCAGAUGCAAUGCCAGCUUGAACAGCAAAGCAAGCAGUUCAAUGCUUCCCUGGACCAGAAACUUGCAUCGCAAAUGGACAAGAUCGAGGCCCUCUUUUCAAAAAGGGGCAGACACGAGUGA